UCUUCUCGUUUAGAAAAUUGACCAACUCUUUACAUGUUUUUUGGCUUUGAAGACAUGAAUCUUCCAUUCUGAAAAAGAUUCAAAAAAGAAUGGAUGGAUGUGAAGUAACGACUUCGUUUUGGAUAUCUGGUGGAGGUUUAGCUGGUCUUGCCACUUGUAUUGCGUUGCAGAAUAUAUGUGGAAUACGAGCCAAUAUUUUGGAAGCCAAGUCGCAACUUGAAGGUGAUGCAGGCACUUUGAUAGCUUUAUGGCCCAAUGGAUUGAGAGCUCUUCAGGCUAUUGAUCAAUCACUGUAUCAAGAUAUCUUGCAAACAGGUUGUAAAAUUCGACAAGUUAGGUCUAUACGGGAAACGGGAGAAACUCGAGUUCCAGAUAAUUGUGAGAGCAAAUAUGGACAGCCUUUUAUUUGUAUUCGUUGGAGUACACUUCACUCACUUUUAGCUAAACGAGUAUCUCAUUCUCAGAUAUAUUUGCAACAUACCACUACUCAGGUCUAUGAUAAAGAAAACCACGUCAUCGUAGAAACCAAGAGAACCCAUUCAACUCAAGAUAUGGAUAGGGAUGACACAAAAGAGGCUUUUGUUGGGAAAGCUCUUAUUGUCGCUGAUGGAGUGCGUUCCUUGUUGAGGAAAUAUAUACUGAAUGAUGAUGAAAGGCAGUUGAUCGAUCCUAUAUAUACAGGCAGAGUGAUUGCUCGAGCUGUAUUGAAUUCUGAUGAAUUGAAAGAACUUUCCAUUCCACUUCCUCAAAACGAAUGUAUCUUUUUCUUCAGCAGCGAUGGAAAGAAAGUGGGUUCCUUAUCCAGUUUAGAACAAGGCCAAUUCUAUUGGGCUUUGACUCUUGAAAUUCCAACGAUGGACUCUUCUUAUUUGGAAAAGCAAUCUUUACAACAAGAGAGUGAAUUUAGUAUUCCAUUAAUGCAAGCCAUUGCAGCCACUCCUGCUGAACGUAUUCAGAUUCGUCCUUUGUUGGAGAUGCCACCACUUCCACGUUAUGCCAAAGGCAAUGUGGUUUUAAUUGGCGAUGCUGCACAUGCAGUCAUACCUUCAUUAGGUCAAGGAGCGAAUAUUGCAUUUGAAGAUGCUCUCGUGUUAUCUCGCUGUAUAAAGAAUGAGGAUAAUUUGGAAAAAGCAUUUUCUUGUUAUGAAGAAAGGAGAUUGCGUCGAUGCCAACUGAUACAAGAAGAAUCUUCCAAAGCAGGUAAACGUGCCAGGCAGCCUAAACCUUCUUCAUCAUGGGAUUCACAAGUAUUCGAAAGCUAUCAAAAGUUUUUGGAAUAUCUUUUGGAUUUUGACCCGGAUAAGAUCUCACUAUGACAGCUGUCCCUUCUCCAUAAAGAUUUCUUUUGUAUA